UGUCACGGUAGGAUGUGUAUGUUUACGUUUCCGCGAUGAUAACGGUCCGCACACUACAUACGGAGGUUAUGUUUACGCGCGUCGCGAGGACCACGCACGUCUUUGCACGCCGGUAUUCCUAAAAAUCAACGUCUUCGAAUGUCUCCGUGUCUCUCGAGACGUCGUCCCAACGAUUUUCCAAGCGUUCCGUGAGGUUUUCCCACUGCCGAAAGUCGUUGGACGUAAACGACAGCCGCGAUGCAAAACGCGGUGAACGUGUGCGUAGAAACGUCAAACCCUAUUCACCACAUAAUUUGUGCGGUAGUGUUUGUGUGAGGGGUCACCGAGAGGCUGCUGCGGAGGGCUUCCGAGAUGAGCUAUGAAUCUGGGCUGCCUGGUAGCCUCUAUCUUUGUUCUUCAGCUGCUUCAGCUGCCAUUGGUGCUCGAUGCGCUGCCUUCGGUCGUCAAAAUUGGUGCUAUAUUCACUCAUGACCAAAAGGAUAGCAGCACGGAGCUGGCCUUCAAGUAUGCCGUUUACAAGAUCAACAAGGACAAAAUUAUAUUGCCGAAGACCACAUUGGAGUACGAUAUUCAAUACGUGCCAAAAGAUGAUUCCUUCCACGCAUCGAAAAAGGCGUGCCAGCAAGUUAAGCACGGCGUCCAGGCGGUCUUCGGACCUUCGGAUCCGAUCCUGGGUCAACAUAUUCACAGUAUCUGCGACGCUCUCGACAUUCCACAUCUCGAGGCCAGGCUGGACCUGGAGACGGAAGCGAAAGAGUUCAGCAUUAAUCUUUAUCCCGCACAAAGUCUGCUCAACGCCGCUUAUCAGGACAUUAUGGAGUUCCUUAAUUGGACCAAGGUGGUGAUUAUCUACGAGGACGACCAUGGAUUAAUGAAGCUUCGGGAGCUGGUGAAGUCACCGAAAAUCCGUGGUAUCGAAGUCAGUCUCCGGCAGGCAGAUCCCAACUCGUACAGGCAGGUCCUUUCCGAAAUGAAGAGCAAAGAAUUUCGAAAUAUCAUCGUGGACACAAAAUCCGAGCACAUGCAUCAUUUUCUACGAAUGAUCCUGCAGCUGCAGAUGAAUGAUUACAAGUACCACUACCUCUUCACGACUUUCGAUAUCGAAACCUUCGAUCUCGAGGACUUCAAGUACAAUUUUGUCAAUAUCACUGCCUUUCGUUUGGUCGACGCGGACGACGUCGGUGUACGUAGCAUCCUGAGGGACAUGGAACGCUAUCAGCCAUCGGGAAACACGAUCCUCAACAAAUCGAGAAUCAUCCAGGCCGAACCAGCAUUAAUAUAUGACAGUGUACAGGUGUUCGCGGUAGGAUUACGUACCUUAGAGCAAUCCCAUGCCUUAAGGCCCGCCAAUAUUUCCUGCGAGCUCGAGCACCCCUGGGAUGGCGGCUUGUCUCUUACCAACUAUAUCAACUCGGUUGAGAUGAAAGGAAUCUCAGGACCUAUUGAAUUUAAAGAAGGCCGUAGAAUUCAGUUUAAAUUGGAUCUGCUGAAACUGAAACAACACUCACUUGUUAAGGUCGGCGAGUGGCGUCCCGGCGUCGGCGUCAACGUUACAGACACUGCAGCCUUUUUCGAGCCUAACAUCGGGAACGUAACUCUGAUUGUGAUUACUAUACUGGAGACGCCGUAUGUGAUGAUGCACCACGAAAAGAACUACACCGGGAACUCGCGGUUUUACGGUUUUUGCAUGGACCUUCUGGCGGCGGUGGCGAGGGAGGUAGGCUUCUCGUACCGAUUGGAGCUGGUGCCGGACAGGAAGUACGGCGCACGAGACCCGGAGACCGGCGAAUGGAACGGCAUCGUACGAGAGCUUAUGCGACAUAUAGCGGACAUGGUGGUCGGUUCGAUGACAAUCAACUAUGCGCGCGAGAGGGUGAUCGAUUUCACAAAGCCGUUCAUGAAUUUGGGUAUCUCGAUUCUGUUCAAGGUACCGACCAGUCACCAGGCGCGGCUUUUUUCUUUUAUGAAUCCGUUAGCGAUUGAGAUCUGGCUGUAUGUUCUGGCAGCGUACGUUUUAGUGUCAGUGACGAUGUUCGUCGUGGCGCGAUUUAGCCCCUACGAAUGGAAUAAUCCCCAUCCGUGUCAUCCCGGGACGGAAAUCGUCGAGAAUCAGUUCUCCUUAUCGAAUAGCUUCUGGUUCGCCAUUGGAACUCUCAUGCAACAGGGCAGCGAUCUAAAUCCCAAGGCUACGAGCACGCGUAUCGUGGGUGGCAUAUGGUGGUUCUUCACUCUGAUCAUCAUCUCGUCAUAUACUGCAAAUCUAGCGGCUUUCCUUACAGUGGAAAGAAUGAUCACGCCUAUAGAGAACGCCGAAGAUCUCGCCAGUCAAACGGACAUCGCAUACGGAACUCUCGAUAGUGGAAGCACGAUGACUUUUUUCAGGGACUCAAUGGUCGAAACGUACAAAAAGAUGUGGAGGUUUAUGGAGAACAAGAAGCCGUCGGUAUUCGUUCCAACAUAUGAAGAGGGUAUUCAGCGGGUUCUUCAAGGCGAUUAUGCCUUUCUGAUGGAGUCGACCAUGCUGGAUUACAUUGUCCAGAGGGACUGCAAUCUCACGCAAAUUGGUGGUCUAUUGGACACCAAAGGAUAUGGAAUUGCUACACCCAUGGGUUCGCCGUGGCGAGAUAAGAUAUCUUUAGCAAUUCUAGAAUUGCAAGAGAAAGGCGAAAUUCAGAUUCUGUAUGACAAAUGGUGGAAGAGUCCUGGGGAUACUUGUAUGAGGACGGAAAAGGGAAAGGAGAAUAAAGCCAACUCUCUAGGCGUCGACAACAUAGGAGGAGUUUUCGUGGUCUUAUUGUGCGGCUUGGCGUUCGCUGUGCUCAUAGCGAUUUUCGAAUUCUGCUACAAUUCCAGGAGGAAUGCACCGGCGGAACGGCAAAGGCCUCUAGUCCUUCCGACGCCUACCUCCAGCUCUCUUCAGGGAAUUUCUCAGGCUGUGCAACAACAGCAGCAGCAACAACAGUGCCAGCAGCAACAUCAGCAGCCACCAAAUCAGCAAGAGUCGCUCUGCUCGGAGAUGGCACGCGAGCUCUGCCGCGCCUUACGCUGCCGCGCGUCGUCUCGACGACGGCGUACUUGCGACAAAUGUUCUACGCACGUGAUCGGCUACUCGCCGGACAAUCCCACUGCCACCCCCGUAAACGGGAUGAGGUCCCAGAGAAGCAACCUGGCCGUACCCGUAGUCGAACUGCCUCCACACAUCCAUAUGCAUCAUCACGCACCGCCGCAUGAUUAUGACGGCAAUUAAACUGACGUCAAGACCAGCACUAGAACAUUAUAAUCAUAACCAGGAACAAGUACAAAGCGUCUCGCGAAAAACAAUUACGAUCGAUUUGUUGAUAGAUUUCCGUCGACAAUGUCGGAAUUUAUCCGGUAGACAUGUUUGCACAAUAAAUAUUCGUUCGCAAUUACGAAGAAAGAGCUUAAACGUAUUUGUAAAGCAACGCGUGCGCCGCUUUUCCGCACAUUUGAUAAAACCGAGAGAUCGAUCGGUGUAUACUGAACUUAAUUGAUAAAAUGUUAUAACGUGAUUCUAAAGUGGUUUUUCUCGUCGCGAAUUUUGUACGAUUAAUCAAUUCACGGGACACAAUAUAAUCGUCCCGAGGCAAAGCGUUCGCCGCUUUAUAUUCGCCACUUUAGAAAGUAUUCAAAUACGUUCGGGAAACGUGAUUUAAUACUGUCAGGACACCGAAGAAAAAUCUUAAAUUAAAAAGUUACGACCAGCUCAUAUGCAUAUUAAUUCUCGGCUUUGCCGAAAGAAAAAUCUCUUCGUUAUGAAGCAAUCAAAAUCGACGUUAUCAGGAUCGACGAGUUAAGUACUCAAAAAAGUUAGCUAUUUUACAGCGACAUUUUAACGUAAUAACUUUACGUAAAUGGACUGGGAAAUUUUUAUCCUCAAAAUUAUGUUUUCGUUGAAAAAUUAUUGUACGCCAAGCGUUUUAUAUGAACAUCUUAAGUGCAACUUAGGAUGUACAAAAUGAAAGGAAAUAUUUUUCUUCCUCUCCUUUUGUAUUGUUCCCGAUGAGGGUACAAUUUAUUUGGCGAAAUAGCUUCCCCUGAGACCUUUGGCUUAUAGUUUCUUUUUAUAUCGAGUCAUCGGCGAAGCAAUCAUCGCGAGAUAAGAAUCCGUGAUACUCUCACGUUCCAAUUCUAAUUUAACCGACAUCAUAGUUCGAUCAAAAGAGUAGUACAUUGAAUGAUGAACAACCCGUCCUACGCUCGUAAAAUUAAACCAUCCGAUAUAUAUCUACAAUGGCAAUCACCGAUAUCUCUGACGAUAUCAUUUGGAGUACAUUCAUGCUACUCUCGCACGAGAUCUAACGUUCAAUCCAUGCACAGAACAUCGUUUAGACACGCUCUGUAAUGCGUUCUCUUUUUACGAGAGACUGUCUACAAUGUAAUUGUACACGCAAAAUAUUCUGUAAAUAUCGUCGCGCGAAAAAAGCAGCAGUGAGAUUCAUAAUGGGACUAUUUUAUGCAAAUGUGGCUGAGAGUGAGUAAUCGUUAGCGCUAAUCGAUUUGUUAGACGUUUGGUGUCAUGUGUAACGUGUGCUGUAAUAUGCUGAUAGCCGGCGAAUAAAUGUACGAUGAGAGA